AUGCCAUACAACUCCUUCCUGUGUGAGUGCCCCAGUCCAGGGCGCGGCGGCGGCGGCGGCAGCGCGGCCAAACGGAAGAAGAAGCAGCGCCGAAACCGCACUACGUUCAACAGCAGCCAGUUGCAGGCCUUGGAGCGCGUGUUCGAGCGCACGCACUAUCCCGACGCCUUCGUGCGCGAGGAGCUCGCCCGGCGGGUCAACCUAAGCGAGGCCCGCGUCCAGGUCUGGUUCCAGAACCGUCGUGCCAAAUUCCGCCGGAACGAGCGGGCCAUGCUGGCCAACCGCUCCGCCUCACUCCUCAAGUCCUACAGCCAGGAGGCCUCCACCGAGCAGCCCGUGGCUCCCCGGCCCACCGCGCUGAGCCCAGACUACCUCUCCUGGACGGCCUCACCCACCUACAGCACAAUGCCGCCCUACAGCCCUGGAGGCUCAGGCCCUGCAGCCCCGGGGGUCAACAUGGCCAACAGCAUCGCCAGCCUCCGCCUCAAGGCCAAGGAGUUCAGCCUGCACCACAGCCAGGUGCCCACCGCGUGA